UUUCGCUGUUCCUAAGAACUUCCAGAUCCUAUCCCAACAUCCGUCCAUCCCUCACCACACACCCCCCCCAGCGCGUCCUUGUCAUUUUCACGAGCGUUCACCAACCCGAAUCGAACACUCUCAGCGUCAUCCGAGCAUCGAGAGAUGAGUAGUCGCGGCGGUAAAUUAGCCCCAGAAGUCAACCGAGCUCUGUUCGUGAAGAACUUGAGCUACAACGUAACUCCAGAGGAGUUGUUCGACCUGUUCGGAAAAUUCGGUCCAAUUCGACAGGUUCGUCAGGGCAUUGCGAGCGGCACCAAGGGUACCGCCUUCGUUGUCUAUGAAGACGUAAUGGAUGCGAAGCAAGCUUGCGACAAGCUAAACGGCUUCAACUUCCAGAAUCGAUACCUGAUCGGUAUGUCUGCCGAUCAUCUUCAACAAUUGUGGAUCCAUACUAACCUGAUGACUAGUUCUGUAUCACCAGCCAGAGAAGAUGCUCAAGUCAAAAGAGGACCUCGAGGCUCGUCAGGCUCGUUUAGCGCAGCUCAAGACACAGCACGGUAUCGAUUGACAAUCCGACGGGUCUGCGGCACGCCUCCAGACACCUACCUCGUCUGCAGGCCCGUCUAUUUCUUCAUCUAAACGAACCACUUCUCCGGAUCAGAAGACGAUCCUCAGAAAGGGCAAGCCGACCAUCACCGGGCGCGCACCCAGAACCGGUGUACGAUUCGCCGACGGAGUGCUCCCCAACUCGCUCCGGGCCCAGACUUGCGCUUGAGGUGGUGGGUCGUUGUAAAACAUGACCCGCCAAAAAA